AUGUUAUCCACAGUUAACAGCUUAGAGGGGCCUCUAUUACUCGCCUUCUUUUCUACUUCUUCUACAUUAUCAACAACUACGCGCGUGGAGUCAAAAGCACGGGAAAGACGAAAGAGGGAUUCUACAACUGACGGCGCAGAGGGUGGCUCUGCGUUAAAAACCGGGGCUGGCGAGAUACCUGGUUUUUGCGGCUGGCAACACCCGCAGCCGCGGCAGCAGCCCGUUCAUCCGCGGCUGAGCCGGCGCCUCGGCAGGCACCGUUCCCCUGGCAACAGGCGCUCCUUCCGGUCCCGAAGCCACGCCUCCCCGGGGGUCUCGGCGAGGACGCCGCCGCGCUGUAGCUUCUGGGAACGAAGAGCUCCGGGAAAAGGCCAGCGGCACGCCGAGGAACUGCACCUCAAAGCAACGCGUGCGCAGCGCGGGCAGGGUGAGCGGCCGACGGCCUGCGAGGCGCCCUGCGGCUCCCGGAGAAGCAUGCCGGGAGUUGUAGGCGCACGCACAGCUUUCUGGGAGGCGUUGGGCGUUCGCGGACGUUCGCGGGCGCUGCGUGCGCGUCGCUGGGCGCCGGUCUUCCCGGGGGUGUCGCGGGCGGGCGGCCGCUGUGGCGCGGAGAGCGUCGCUACCGGGCACCGGCGCGGCGUGGUGGCAACGACCGCGAGACGCGACCGCCCCUCAUGGGGCAGGGUGUGCGCCGGCGUUGCCCGGCUGCCCGUCGCGCCGACUCCCCGCUGGGCUCUGAUGGGCCUCCCAGGGCGUCCCGGAGAAGUACAACUGCUCCCGCAGCGGGACAGCGGGGACACCUGGCGCCGAAAGUCGGAAGGCGGGACUCGGCCCGGGACGCACGCCCUGCCCGUGCCGCGUGGCGGUCCGCGUCCCGAGGGCGUUUCCACCGGGCGUGACCUCCCGCGAGCGGACUCGUCUCCGGAAGCACGUCGCAGGCGGUCGGGGAAGGCGCUCCCAGUCGGUAACGGGGCUUCUUCAGUGGCACCUGGAUUUUCCAGUCGUGGGCACAGACGAUCUCCAAAGAGAAACUGUUGAGGCGCACUUGUCCCCGCGUCCUUUAUGGCCGCGUUGCCUAAGGACACGUGACACAUGCAGUCGUUUUACGGGUCUGCCCUUUCAAUCUGCCCAGCCCCACCAGCCUCAGCCCCCGUGAAUCAGCUUCAUGAUAUGAGCAGAUUCUUGGAAAACAGUGUCUCAACCUAUUCAAAAU